UUGCCAUCGCUGGCCCGUGUCUUGAGCUUGCUCCCCUCCCAGUACGUACGUACGUUCAAAGCCAUGGCGGACGGCGACCAGAGCCAGCAGCCGCCGCGCUACUGGUUCCCCUACUGGAGCGGGCCGCCGCCCCCGGUGCGCCCGCAGAUGUCGCGCCGCCUCUCCCCGCCCCAAGCGCCCUCCUCGCCCGCAGUGCCGUCCUCGCCGCGCCGCCCCUCGCCGUCCCACCCCCGCCAACCCACUCCUCGUGCGGCUCAGAGCCAGGCGUCCUCCCGCCCGUCCCCGUCCCCGUCCCGGGCAUCGCCGCUCGCGCCCACCCGAGAGCUGCCCAACAGCAACUCCGUCUCCAACGCCAGGCCGCCUCCUAAGCCGGUCGCUCUGCCCGCGACGCCCAAGCCCAAGGACGUCGACGUCGUCCCGCAGCCGGAGAAAACCUCCGUGCACCCGCCUGCUGCUGCGGCUGAGACCAAGCAUGGCCACAGGGCAGCGCAUCACAACAAGGAGAAGGAGGUUGACAAGGAGAAGAAGGACGAGCACAAGAGCAAGGACAAGAAGCACCACGCCGGCGAGGACAGCAAGCACAAGGACAAGGAGAAGAAGAACCAUGCCGACGCCGGCGAGGAGAGCAAGCACGGGAAGGAGAAAGACAAGGAGAAGAAGCACCAUGCGGACGCCGUCGAGGAGGGCAAGCACAAGGGGAACGAGAAGGAGGCCAAGGCGGAGCACGGGAAGCUGCACGGGGAGCUCAAGGCGGGCGUCGCCGACAUGGUGCGCAGGGCCACCGGCUCCGGGCACCAAGGGGCGAGCGUGAUCACGCUGGCGGGGGAGAACAAGGGCGCGUCCAUGAAGGUGGGCGGCGGCAUGGGCAAGGACGGCUCGUGGAAGGAGCACCACGGCGGGCACCGGCUGGACGGCGGCGCGGCGGACGGGAAGCCGGACGGGCAGAAGAAGCAGGGGAUGAUGACGGCGCUGAUCAACAGCAACGUGCAGGUGAUCAACAACUCGCUGCUGCUGCACAGCUCAUGCAGCGGCAGCGACCCCGGCGUGCACCUCAAACUCUCCGCCAAGUCCGCCAACAAAGACAAGCAGAAGCACGCCGCCGGUGCAGACAAGGAUGCCGCUGCAAAGAAAUGAGCGCCGUCGCCGACUCGCCGGCCGGCCGGCCACUGUAAACGGCGCUAGAUGCUAGCCAUCCACAUGUGACUAUAUGCAAAUAAAAGCAACCCCAACCGAUCCUCUAAUCGGUUAGACAGGAAAAUACGAGCUAAGCGUAUUUCUAACCGAUCCCUAAUAAUCGAUUAGAGGAGUAAAAUUCUUCUAACCAAAACC